ACAUUUGUGAAGAUCGAUGUAGUUCUGGAUAGACCGUGAGACAGGGGAAGAAGAAUGACAGAGUAACUUCCCCUCGUCUCACUUCAGCGUUGAACUCUGAUACAACUAAUAACAUAACAGAAAGCGGCGGAUUAAAGGCGCCCGUCUGAAGGACCUGCUUACAGCACAGGCCUGAUCUCCACCGUAGACUGGGCCUGGAAGACAGAUGCAGCGACCGGUCUAUCACAGGGCAUUAGUGGUGGAGUAUUAGUCAGGCACACAGACAGGACACUAGGGAUGUAACGAUGCGCUCCUAGACGCUUUAAAAUAGAUGGAAAUGAGACGAUUCAAGUCGGUGGGGAUGUUAAACGAAUCGCAAUACACAUUUUAAACAGCAGGGGCGCUGAAGCUGUAUACUUUGACCUCGGUUUGUAGGCAGUGUAGCAGCGAGCAAGUUGUAGCGCUAAACAACAGCAAACAUGGCGAGGGCAAGUGUGGAUGUUGACAUGGAGGAUGCCCCAUCCUCGUUCAAAUCAGAGGUGUGGCGGCAUUUUGGCUUUCCGAAGACUAAAAAUGAACGCGGUAGUGGCAGAAAAAACUAAAACUGUGUGCAGAUACAAAAAAGAAGAUUUUAAUAUAAACUAAUAGCACAACAAACAUGACGCAGCACACAAUCCGUGACCUCGGUGAGAAGCUCCAGUCACCUUCGUCUGUAAACCGUAUUAACAGGCCAAACCCCACUGACUGGAGGAUGUGCAGCCCCACUCGCGGUGAUGAGAGCAAGAGCCACGGGGAUAACAAGGUGCAUCAGUCUUUUCAUGGCAAAAGAUAUGAGGCCGUUUUCUGUCGUAGAAAAUGAAGGAUUUCGGGUUACUGGUCAACACAUUGGAGCCCAAAUACACCAUCCCAUCACGCCCCCACUUUAGCCAGACUGUCACGCCAGCGCUUUACAGGGGAAACAAAAUCUAAGGGUAAUUGAGACCCUCAGAAAAGCAGAUAGCGUAUCAAUUACAACCGACAGCUGGACCUCCAGGGCUACACACAGUUAUCUUACGGUCACAGCCCACAUGAUAACCAGCCAGUGGGAGAUGCUUAAUGUUGUUAUCCAAACUAGCCUUCUGUUUGAAACACACACCGGGGUUAAUAUUGCUGAAGUUUUAAAAUCUGCUGUGGGUGAAUGGGGGCUUCAAAAGGCCAACAGAGGAAUUUCUGUUGUCACGGGCAACGCGAGGAAUAUGGAUGUUGCUGUCAGAGAGGCUGGGCUGGCCCCCCAUGUCAGGUGUUUUGCCCACACCAGCCUAGCGGGUUUGAGUGUGCCACGCGUGAGCCGUGCCCUUGGCAGAGGGCGGCGAAUUGCUGCCUUCUUUCACCGAAGCUCCACAGCCACAGCGGCACUCCCAGCCAAACAGACACUACUGGAGCUUCCAGCGCACAAGUUAAUGUCUACGAUGUCUGCAUAUGGUCGAACGCUAUCCGGAUCAGCAGUCUGCAUAUGGUCGAACGCAAUCCGGAACAGCAGUCUGCAUAUGGUCGAACGCAAUCCGGAACAGCAGUCUGCAUAUGGUCGAACGCAAUCCGGAACAGCAGUCUGCAUAUGGUCGAACGCAAUCCGGAACAGCAGUCUGCAUAUGGUCGAACGCAAUCCGGAACAGCAGUCUGCAUAUGGUCGAACGCAAUCCGGAACAGCAGUCUGCAUAUGGUCGAACGCAAUCCGGAACAGCAGUCUGCAUAUGGUCGAACGCAAUCCGGAACAGCAGUCUGCAUAUGGUCAAACACUAUCAGGAACAGCAGUCUGCAUAUGGUCAAACGCAAUCCGGAACAGCAGUCUGCAUAUGGUCGAACGCUAUCAGGAACAGCAGUCUGCAUAUGGUCGAACGCCAUCUGGAACAACAGUCUGCAUAUGGUCAAACGCUAUCAGGAACAGCAGUCUGCAUAUGGUCAAACGCAAUCAGGAACAGCAGUCUGCAUAUGGUCAAACGCAAUCCGGAACAGCACUUCAGAGUACAACCACCUGCUGGAGAGCACUGGAUUCGACCCCAGAUUCCUAGAGAGAAAUCUAGAGAAAGACCAGCGCAAGGAUGUAUUCCACAGACUGAAGGAGAAAGUGGUGCUGUUGUGGCAGAACCAUAUAUUAAUGAAAGUGAAGAAGGUGCCAGUGGCCACCCCCCUGCAGCAGAGCAGCCUCUUAACCAGACAAACAGAGCAGGAGCUGAGCUGAAUCAACCUCCUUCCAAGAAAACAGCCUUGGAAGAUCUCUUUGGAGGCACUUUCAAUGAGCCAGCACAGAGCUGAAACAUCAAUUUCCCCCAUUAGCUGUCCACUCAAGUGGUGGAAAGAAAAUGCUAGGCUGUUCCCACUGCUCUCCAACCUAGCAAAAGCAUACCUCUCCACACCAGCCACCUCUGUCCCUAGCGAAAGGGUUUUUUAAUCAGCAGGGGACAUUGUGAAUAUGAUCUCAGCUUUUGCCAGAAAAUGUGGAUAUGCUGAUAUUUCUUAAAAAAAAACAUGUAAAAAGAAAUCCAAGCUAGGAAAGCCUUAGUU